UGUGGAUAAGUUUUUGCAUAAGAUGCUAUAGUUGAUGAUAUCCAUUAGGACCAACUUUAUCGAGGUGUUUCUCUGUUAGCAGAAGCACUUGAUAUGUAACCACCUGUGAUGCCAGAGGAUGGUCACACGAGGCUCACAAUAGGUGAUGAUGUCUCAUCUCCUGGUACUGGAAAAGAGGCUUCUGUUGCUCAAGCUUUAUGGGAUGAUGAAGAUACAAAAAAAGUUUUUAUGAAUGUUUACCUGAUCUCAGGGCAUUUGUUCCUGCUGUGUUAUUGGGAGAAGCAGAGCAAAAAGGGAAUGAUCAGUGAUCAAAAGCAUCAGAUCAACCAAGACUCAACAACACCUGAGUCUGAUCAAGGUCAGAUUGCUGCCCGAGAUACUGCAGAGACAUCUGUUAUGUUCUAUGGUUUAGCUGUGGUGACAUUUGGUACUGCUGUUCCAGCUGGCCAAUUUGUUCCAAGUAUAAUGAUUGGAUCUACAUAUGGACACCUUGUUGGCAUGUUUGUUGUUAGACUCUAUGAAAAGGUCAACAUUGAAAAAGGAAUGCACAGUCUUAGCGACUUUGUGAAGCCUGUUUCUAGUAAAGGACUAUCCAUAUCUGAUAUCCAUCUAACCCCAGAUGAUUUGGAAGCUUUGAAGGAAACGAGACUCAAGCAAAAGUAA